AUGUCUAAGGAAUUCACCUACUCGGACAUUUCCGAGCACAACACCAAGAAGGACAUCUACAUGGUCGUCCACGACAAAGUCUACGACUGCACAAGCUUCGUCGACGAGCACCCUGGCGGUGAAGAAGUAAUGCUCGACGUCGGCGGCCAAGACGCCACCGAAGCCUUCGAAGACGUCGGCCACAGCGACGAAGCCCGCGAGAUCCUCGAAGGCCUCCUCGUCGGCACCGUCAAGCGCCAGCCCGGCGACCCUUCCCCCAAGGCCUCUGCCCAACCCACUUCCUCCAAGACUUCGGGCCCCGAUGCUGCCGGUCUGGGUGCUGGUCUCUAUGCUAUUCUGCUUGUUGGUGGUGCUUUGGCAUACUUUGCAUACUCUUACCUUCAGGCAAACGGCGAGGUCAAGAACUAA